GAGAAUCGCCAUUUUGACACUUCCUCUUCUGAGAAUGUGACAAAUAUUUGCUAUUUUAACUUUGUUUCUAUUGCUCGAAUUAAAAAAAGAAGAUGAUAUUUAACAUAUACACACUACUGAGACUAGAGUAGUAGGACCAUGCCUCUGACGAAGCGGAAUAUCGAACCGACAUACGUGAGCCGCGUGGAGGUGCCGCCCAAUGUGCGCAAUGAGCUGGAAUGCGUCACCAACAACACGCUGGCCAACGUGAUCCGGGAGCUGAGCAGUCUGAGCAAGCACGCGGAGGACAUGUUCUACGAGCUGUCCCAGGAGGCGAACGCCGUCUUCAGCCGUGCACACCAGCUCACAAUGCGCAUUGAACACGUCCGCGACAAGGUCACGCAGCUCAAUGCUGCCGUCGAUGUGGUAUCACUGGCUAACAUCCACUCGAUCAAGCCCUUCAAGAGUGAAAUAGUCAAGGAGCAGCAGGGUCUGUCUAGAACCACAAUUCCCAAGUCGAUUCUCGAGAUGCACCAAGCAUGUGAUCGGCCUCCACCACUAGAAAAACUCGAUCAGUACAGGGAAGAUGGCAAAGACAGCAUGGCAUUUUACACCGAUCCGGAAUUCUUUCUUAACCUCUGGUGCCUUGAAAUGGGCAAAGAGAUCCAGGAGAAAAAGUCGGAAUUGGUGAAAAAGCGCAAAGACAAAAGGAAACCCCAUCCCACUGCAGGCAGACAGAUUCGACAGCCGAAAACUGCCACUAAGGACAAAUGGGAAAAGAUGAAAGUUGGCAUAGAGUUUGUCGACACUCCCGAUGAAGCAAAGAUGAAACAGCAGAAACACCAGGAAGAAGGCAAGCACUUCUCGAACACUGACGGCAGACAGUCGAACCGACCCGAGACGCUGCCUGUCGAGAACUCACAGCACGGCCAGGCCCACGUGGACAGGGCUAGCAUGACCAACCAUUAUCCGAAUCACGUACAACCAGCAACAAACCGGUCUUCCAAUAACCAGAUGAACGGGCCGUACCCGCGAGAGAACUCUAUACCCGAUCACGUUCACAGUGAACAGAUCGAACACAUUGAUCAGACUGGGUAUCACCAUUCUGUGGGGAAAGUGGGCAGUCCCCAGAACAGGCCGUCGCAACCUCCGCCAGCCCCACCUCCAGGAAUGCGGCAGAGCCCCGUCCGGCAGAGCCUGCCGCCACCUCCGCCGCCGCCACCAGAAGUUGUAGACCUGCCGCCUAAUCCUGUGGCAGCCUACGUGCAGCCACGAAAUAAUCAAAUAUUUAACAAUGUGGACGUAAUGGGCUCUCCGAAUCGUGGGCGCGGCUCUCAGAGAAAUUCACCAGCACGCCAGCCAUCAUAUUCUUCGAGUCCACAGAGAGUAUCCGAGAACAGCGAGCUGCCUCCACCCCCACCUUCUCCGACUUCGAAUCACACCCCAGACACCCCAGGGAGCCACGACUCUAUGCCCCCUCCUCCAUCCCCGCCCCCACCUUUCGACCAUCAAAUGAACUACAAGGCACCAUCUCCCCCGCCACCUCCACCACCUCCCCCUCCAAUGCUAAAUGGCUCACUACUUAAUCCUUCUGAUUCCACGUCUAUAUCAUCAGGAGGAAGUACAUUGACAUCAAACUCCACCGUCGAAGCUGCCAAGCCUAAAGCUGUGGAUGAAAGAAAUGAACUGUUAGCAGAGAUUAGAAAAGGAGAUUGGAAUAAAAAAUUACGCCGAGUAGAAAACCGGAAAGAGGAACAGAAGCGCACACCUGCAGGCAGGAUAGACGUGCAAGCGAUGAUGGACAGAGCGAUAGAGUUGCGGCGCAAAGUUAUAGAGGAGAGUGAUGACGACAGUGGUGAUAACGACUCGGACAAUGACUGGGAUACCGACUGAUGUCUUUAUAAUAAAAUAUAGUAUUGUGAUUAUUUCAAGUAUUCCAGGGACGGCGGUCUGUUCAUCCAGCACUAACGAAAUACAGCUAGCUUGCAGACUGGAUGAAAAUGAGAGAGAGAGAGAGAGAGAGAAAAACACACACACAUCAAGAGGCUGAUAAUUUAUCUUUCUGCAUUUUUAUCUGCAUGUCUGGCUAAGAAUUUCCUCAUCUGAAUACACCCUUUAAUUAUUUAGUUAUUUUGUGAUAGGGUAAUCGAAGAAAAUGGUUUUGUGAAAUAAUUAGUUUUUAUAUUGACAUUAAGAGCUCCUUUUUUUUAUCUUUUUUUUGUUUUUUUUAUUGCUUUUUUUAAAUUAUUGUAUAUUGGGCAUUACAGAUUGUGUACCAAGUUAAGCAGUUCAGUUACCGUGUUUUAGUAAUCAAAUGAAUUUUGUUGACCAGAGACCAAUUGUGUAGCCGAGUGUGAAUGAAGUGAUGUGCUGUAUGUGUUGGCAUAAGCAUAGUAUGACAUGUUGCACAGCAGCAUUUUCUCAUAAUAUUUGGUUACAUACAGCUUUUUAUUUUUGUCUAUGGUGCGUAGGGAUUUUGUAGAUCUGUUCAGUAUAUUAGUCACAAAUACUGACAAACAUGGUCAGUGAUGGGGAGUUCAUAUUUUAUUCAUACAUUAUAUAAUCUCAUUAUUUGGGGUUUUUUAAUUAUUAAUUGUGAGAAAAAAAACCCAUAUCAUAUUCUAUACCAGUUCACUGUAUUUAAUUUCUAUAUUUAAGUAAUACAUGCUUUGGAAUGGGGAGAAAAGUAGUGGGGUAAUUGCGUGAAAAUUAGGAGAGGUCUACCCUCCAACCCCCCACCCCCCCCCCCCCCCCCCCCCCCCCUCAAAAAAAAAGAAGAAGAAACCAGUCUUGAAAAAUCAAUCAAAAGGAAAUUACAUUUGCUACAUGGCUAAGAGUACUUGCAUCAUGUUACGGUUUACAUCCACCAGUUGCAUUUUUGUUUCAAAAGAGCAGACGGUAAAUCGAAGGCUAUGUUCUAUAUUGUCUUUGUCUUUGUGUGAAAAAAAUACAUAUUAAGAGAUUCCUUGCUGCUAGUUGGAAAAAACGAGUUGAAUUUUAAAGUGCAAGACCCAUGGACUGCAUUUACUGUGUCUAAUGUGUAGUCGAUUAUUCACGUGCUAGUAUGUCAUUACUUUAAAAAGGUUUUAAAAAGUGAAUCUAUUUAUAAUGUCAAGUUAUUUAUAAGCUAGUUUUGCAUUGCAUAUGAAAGGUAUUAAUAAGGAGUUUGUACUUCAUUCUUCUUACUGACGAUGAUUAAAAAAAUGUGCUCCAGUGGUGUCGUUAAACAAAACAAACUAAACUUCUUGCCGACGAUGCAGACAUACUAAAUUAGAAGAAAAAUUAAAACACAUUAUUUUGCACACUAUCGGGUAAGUGUCUUUUAUUUAUAUGCAGAUGUACUAAAAGGAGAAAAUAAUUUAAUUAUUUAUUUAAGAAACUAACUCUAGUGCCUAGGAAUCAUUAAUAAUUUUACAAACAAAAUCUGAAGAUAAAUGAAAAAUAUUUACUUGUGCAAAAUAACAGGAGCGUAGCCAGAAAUGUUUUUAGCAUUACAAGUGCCGCUUUAUUGGGGAGACUUAAUUACUACCAAUUCCCGGAUUUGUUUUGCGUUAUGCACGUGCGUAAUGGGCGCUAUGCCUUUGAAAUAAUGUAUUUAAUUUUUUUUUUUUUAUUACCACCGUUGGACUAAAUACAGUGAUAUAAAAAUCAAAAGUCUUAAGUAGUAGUUUUGUUGGAAAGGAGACUUACGUUUUAUUUCAAGAGUAUAAUUGUUAACAAAAAUUUUUACAGAACACUUUGGUGGCAUUGGUGCAAGUACGUCUGCUUCUAUUAGGCCUAUCGUGCUGGUUAUUUUUAUAUUUUAAACUGGGCUCACAACAUCAAAAGCGUGGAUCAAAAGGUUCAGAAAAUUUAUGAUACAGUUCUCUUUCAUCGGAGGUUCUUGGCCGAUUUGAAAAUAAUAAUUGAACAAACGUUUUAUGGAUUUAGGAGAGAAUCUCAUUUAAUUGGAUGGAUGCAUCUUUAGAAUAAGCUAUCACACCUUUUAAGCCUUGCCUCUAGGCUUAAAAGAACGAGGGCUACACAUUAUUAACUCCUGGUAGCCACAUGGAGAUUGUGUUGGAUGUUUUAUCUUAAGAUAAUUAUAAUGUUUAAAGUUUUAUGUAUAUUACAAUCACACCAGAUAUUUUAAUGUUGAUAGUAUGAAAGAGUAUAGAUGUUCAUGUGCAUAUGAGUGUGCAGAUUUGAGUUGAUAAUUGGUGCGAGUUUGUGGCAGAUAAACGUGAGCUCAUGGAUGAUAGUUUGAUGCAGAUAAAAUUUGAUAUGAGAGAGUGAGUUUGAGGCAGAAGAAAUUCACGUAUGUAUGUACGUACAUAUGUAUGUGUCUGUGUCUGUCUGUGAGUUGUGUGGGUGUUUAGAGAAACUUGUGAGUUUGAAGUGGAUGAACCUUCAUGUGAGUUUAUUGAUGUGAAUUCGAGUCAAAUUAGAUCACUUUUUUUAAUAUGGGUAUGAGUUUCAACAGACUGAUGCAGUAGUUCUAUAUACAUAAAAAUAUACAUUAUGAGAUGUAAUUCGUCUUGAAAUUUUAGUCUUUGAAGUUUUGUGUGUGGGGGUGGUUUUGUGGGUUUUUUAAAUGAAAUAAAUACAAGUAACUUUUUUUCUUCCUUUAAAAAUUGUAGAAUGUCAUUAAUGCUCGGGUUAUACACAUCCAAGACUCCCCCAUGAAAUUCGCUGCCCUUAUUAUGAUUCAGUCAACAACCAGUGAUGAAAGUUUUAUUCAUUUGUCAGUACAUACUGAGCUGCCACAACGUGUGUGAUCAAAUAUUUGAUUCAUUCCAAUAAUGCUUCCACAAUUCAAUCUGAGUUUGAUCAGAUAUUUUAGUACCGGUAUAAACGUUCCAAUAAAUCUGGUAAAGCCAUCAGGGACAUACAUUUUAGGUUUCGGUAGAUACAUGUAGUUUAAUUUAUUGAAUUGUGUGACAUUAACAUACUGUUACAACAGUCAAGCCCUCGAGGUUUAUAAUGAUUGUGUUCUUAAAGGGACAGACCCUAGUUUUUUAACACUAAGACAUAUUUUUCACCUAGACCCUAGUGUCAACCCGUAAUAAUGGAUACUAAGUUUGGUUAAUUUACAAACCUGUAACAAAUUUGGAUACAACAGAGUGAAACAAGAAUCUGUGAUGUUGAAAUACUCUUAAAAAUAGACUAAAACGUGACUCCAUAAUCGUUACUUCUCUG